CCACGCCGGCACGGCGCCUGAAGCCACCUGCACCCGGCAGGCACCUCAUACGGCGGCGCGGACGGUGGGGCCGCCUCGUCUCGUCGGCUGUACCUGCAACCGAGGCGGCGCAAGCGCGCGCCGCGUCCUCUCCGACGCCCGCUGUGCCGCGGGGGCGGCCGGCGGGGCCAUGGGCAGCCGGGUGCUCUCGCUCCGGCGGAUGGAGAGGAGGUGGCGGUGGCCGCGGUCGCGUACGACUUAUCCCUCCUCCGGUGCUGUAAGUUCGGCUCCUCUCGACGGGAGGAUGGGGCUGCGCGCGCCUCGUCCGUGCUCACCAUCUUAUACUUCCCACAAGGUUCUUCACCGAGAUCCUGGACUCUUCAGCCGGUGGCAAAGUUAUAACCUUCAAACAUACUUUUGUUUCCAUACAAGUCGACCAAUCAACUGUCCAAAUCAUACCAUAGCAGAACCUCAACAAAAACCAGGAGAUGCUGUGUCAGUUGAUGAAUCUGGUAGGCCCAAAGCAAAGAGGAAAAAGUUAAAAGGAAGAAGGGCGGUGAUCAAAUUUUUGAAAUCCCUGAGAUGGAAGAAGAAAAGGGAGUUUCAAAGGAUGACUGCGGAGGAAAAAAUUUUGUACAAAUUGAAGCUAGCUCGAAGCAAGGAAGAACGAAUUGUUGCAGCUUUGAAGAAAAUUGAACCGGAUGACCCAUCAGAGCCUACCCAUGAUCCUGAAGUGCUUACACCUGAGGAGCACUUCUAUUUCCUCAAGAUGGGCCAAAAAUGUAAAAACUAUGUUCCUGUAGGAAGACGUGGGAUAUACCAGGGAGUGAUCUUGAACAUGCAUUUGCACUGGAAAAAGCACCAAACACUUCAAGUAAUUGUGAAGACAUUCACACCAGACGAGGUUAAGGAAAUUGCCUCAGAGUUAGCCAGAUUAAGUGGUGGGAUUGUGCUGGAUAUUCAAGAAGAGAAUACAAUUAUCAUGUACAGAGGAAAAAACUAUGCACAGCCACCACCGGAAAUAAUGUCUCCAAGAGUUAGCCUUUCCAGGAAAAAGGCACUGGAUAAAUCAAAAUACAGAGAACGCCUCCGAGCUCUUAGGCGGUACAUUCCGAGGCUUGAACAGGAGCUUGUAGAUCUUCAUGCACAGAUGAAGUUAGCUGGAGUUCAUAGAGGACUGAGUGCUGCAAAAGACAUUACUUGUAUUUCAGGUAGUGUAAACAGUUCGUCUUCAAAAGAAUACUCAGUUCACAAGAGAAGUGUAUCUGAUCUCCUGUCAGAAAGUAUACAAGGGUCUGCAAGGCUAGAGGAUGAAAAUUAUGAGGUUGAUAAUGGUUCAACUUCAGAGUCUUACACAUACUCUGAAUCAGAGGAUCUCUCUGACAUUUUUGAGACGGACUCAGAGGAGCAGGUAGAGGUCAGCAAGGAGAAGCCGCUGUAUCUAGAUAGGCUGGAUAAGUUUCCAUCAGAAAAUAAUGACAACGAACCAGAUGAUUUUGAGGAGCAUCUACGGAAGAUUGCCUCGCUGUCUGAUAAGACCGAUUCAUCUGCUAAAGAACUCAAAGUAUCGGAGCUUGAUGAGAUUGAUAAAAUCUUCUUGAGAGCUAGUUCAUUGCUGAAGAAAAGAUGACGGUUUGGAAUUUGUACAUGGUGUUCAUGAUCUCUAUAUGCACUGCCAAAAAGAACAUUUAUGUACAGCAGAAGAUUUGAGAUAUAUAUAGGUAAUGGAAUGGAAAAAUCGCUGUAUUAACAGAUGCUGCUGAAGAGCGGAGAGGAUUUUGGUAUGGUACCAUUCCAUUUCUAAGUUGGGGUUAAGCCGUACCCAUCUUAUGAUGUGUUGAAGCAUUUAUAAAGAAGUGUAAUGAACUGUAAUUAAUCCUCGCUAUUUUGAGUGCAUGGUAGAUGCUAAAGUGAGGUAAUCUGCAUUGUGUGCCAGCAAUGAUCCUUGUUCUCUUCAUCAAGUUCAACCAUUCAGGCCUCUUCUGUUGAUCUUCUAACUCUAUCCUGAGCUUCAUAUGUACCAAGGUUUUUCAGCUCAUAGAUCACAGCUAUGCAGUAUGCUUGUACCUGAAUCAAACGAUGGAAUUUUCAGGUCUUCUGAUCGAUCUUUAUACUGACAACACUGUUUAAUGUAUGGGUGAUGGCUGAUGAUCCAUUUUCUUUUUUGAAGACAGUACUAGUGUACUACUCGGUGUUUUCAUCUAUCUAAGACGCUGUGGUGAUUAUUGAGUAUUGUGAAUG